CUUUUAGCUGAUAAGAAGAAUGGGCGAACUCUAUGAACUCAAAUAACGUAUGUACAAACUGCGUGGAGCGGAAUAAUAAUUAGUGAACAUAAAAAAAAACAAGUUAUAUUCUAUAAGUCGAAAUUGUUACUAAAAUUAGAAAAAAAAAAAGAUUUUCGGAAGAAAAGUUGACAACGUUCUAUGUAUAAAUUUUAUCUUGCAGCCUUGAGUACAAGCAAAUGAUUAUGUUUGAGAUUCUAGUUCUGGUGCAUUCUGUGAGAUCGUGUCUCAGUUUUGUGAUUCAAAUUAUAAAUAUAUUAAACAAAGUUUAUUGUUUUGAUAUUUUGUGCGCACAUCACGUACUAAUCGCAUUUGAUGUUCAUUGUAAGGAGUUGAAACGAAGAUCGCGUCUUUGUGAUUGAUAUAGGAUGCAUUGGAUGUGUGACGUCAAUCUACCAUACGUACAUGGCGGAACAGGUGCAUACCGAUGACGUUGUCGGUUUCGGCAUAUCGAGCAACGGCAAGUUCAUGAUGUCCUGCUCCUCGAAGACUGAUAUGGUUAUAUGGGACCUAAAGGGCCAGCAAUUGGACAGGCUCGACACCUACUUGAUGAGUACUCACUCCGCGAAGAUUUCACCCUGCGGUCGCUUCGUAGUGGCGACUGGGUUCUCCCCUGACGUGAAGGUGAUGGAGGUGGUUUUCACGAAGACCGGGGAGUUCAAACAAGUGUCGAAGGCGUACGAGCUGUCAGGACACACUUCGGGAAUUUACGACGUGGCUUUCGAUGUGGAUACGUCGCACAUAGCCACUAUAUCGAAGGACGGCACGUGGAAACUAUACCACACAAAGAAACAGCCGUCGCAAUACGAUUGCCUGUCCGAUGCGCAUAAUCUAUGA